AACUUAGGGGAUCAACUAUGGCGCCGCAAGCGACGGUGGCGCUCACGCCGAUCCUGAAGAAGCUGGUGCCUCUCUGCUUCGUGACGGGCGCAGCUAUGGAGUUGUUCAUGGUCAAGACCGGCUUCUACGAUAUUGUGACGGUGACCGAGGCGGAGCGUCGCCAACAGCGCGACGAAGAGCGCCGAGAGUACAUGGAGACCAGAUCUAGAGCCGCUCGAGACGAGUGAGCGCGGCAGAGACUUAUAGACGUCACUGUUUCCUGUUUUGUUUGCCCUGUCGGGCUUCUGCUACCAGUCGCAGCAACACUGCUCUGUUCUCACUGCUUUCCUCCUCUCUGUGUUAACAUCGACCUCAGCUCCAACUACGCUUUGGGCGCGACGCGUUGAAGUACCAGCUCCAGCUUGGGCACGCGGUAGCCGCCGCGGUCCUUGGGGCGGUUCAGCGCAUAUCGCGUCGAGAUUUUGGUCGUGAUGGCGUUGUUCUGGAUGCGCAGGAUCUCGGCCGCCUGCACAGCCGUCGUGAUCGCCGCCUCAGACGCUUGCAGUCGAACAGUCUCUUGCUUCUGUACCAUGAACUUGGAGUUGAUGAUGUUGGCGUAGAAUACUGCGGACAUCAACACAGUUAGCUCUAGUUCUUUCAAUACAUACAGAGCUAGACGCCGUACCUGCUGGCUUCCGCGUCGAGACUGUGACUAAAUCGUCUGUGUAUCGUGCGAGACGUGGUCCUGCGAAUAUCUUGUCGAGCGGCUGGAGCUCGAG